GAAGAAAUGAAAAUAUAAAAAGACAUUAUUGGUGGGAGAGAAAAAUACUAAAGGAGGUGGUGAAGAUCAAAGAAGAGGGAGAACAACGACCGCUUCUCUUUCUUCUCCUUCUUCUCUUUCUCUCUCUUUCUCUCUCACUGCGUUUAUUUGAGAGAGAUAUAUGAGUCCCCUCCUAAUUCACCAUUUUAAACAUCUUUCUUUUUCCAUAAGGUGAUUGCAAAGACAGUGGUACACUAACUGCAAAGAGCAACAAAGAGAAAGAAAAAGGAGUGAAAGAGACCAUUGAGUGUGCAUAUGUGAGUGUGCCUUGUGUGUGAGAGAGAACGAAUUCAAGAACAAGCCUUCAAUUGCUCUGAGCUGAUAACGAUGUUUGAAAACUCUUCAUCUCUAACAGUGUUUAAUUUUUCAGAUUUGGUUCUUAUGGUGAUGAUUGAUCCUUGUUAUUGAUCAAUUGAAAGCAAAGAUGAAAAUGGUGAAGAUGAUGAUCCUUAUGAUGAUGAUGAAGAUGUUAAGAUGGGGAUAGCAACAACUUUAUCACUUCCUUCAGCUUUCUCUAAUUCAUCAAACACACAAAAUUUCUAUCCAAUCUUAGAAAAGUCUCAAAACUCAACCAAUUCUAUGUCACAAGAUUAUCAGCACCAGCAUCACCACCACCCGAGCCACCACCAACAAGGAAUCUUUGGCUUCUCGAACGGAUUCGAGAGAUCAAACACUCCGGUGGAAGACAACAGUCCACACCACCACCAACAGCAACAAAUUCAAAGAGACAAAGUGAGACUCCAAGGCUUCGACUCACAACAACCACCACUCCAACCACCGCCGUCGCUAAUAGACAACAUAGAAGAAGAACAAGAAGCUCUCCCGGUUUACGAAACAACCGGAAUGUUGUCGGAAAUGUUCAAUUUCCCUCACGGCGCCUCUCCUGCAGCUGAAUUAUUAGAACAGCAACAACAAAUGGCGUCGACUGCGUCGUUCCGUUCCUCGUCAAGAACACCACCACCACCAACACCACAUGGAAUAGCCAAUUCCAGUGACUGGUACGGAAACAGACAAUCGAUUUUAACAGAUUCGAAAAACCAUCUUCAUAAUAACCGUGACAGUAGCAGCAGCAGCAUAUUUCAUCAUCAGAAUCAUCACAUAUCAAACAUUAAUGCUGAGUCAGCAGCAGCCAUGCAGCUUUUUCUCAUGAAUCCACAAACCACCAGAUCUCCAUCUCCUCCACCACCUCAACCUCAUCAUCCUUCAUCUACAAAUUCAUCCACUCUCCACAUGUUACUUCCCAAUCCUUCGACUACUAAUCUCCAAGCUUUUAACUCCGGAGCGGGAGGGUCUUUCGGUCAAUUCACAUGGGGACAUGGAAGUACUCAAGAAGGAGGAGCAACAACAAGUCAUCACCAACCUGAGAUUGGAAGUGUUGUUGAAGGACAAGGUCUUUCAUUGUCUUUAUCUUCAUCCUUACAACAACACCACUCCGACGAAUUACGAAUGGGCGACGCUGCUGGGUUUCUAUAUUACAAUCAAGGAGGACAAGGACCCAGUCCCGGACCGUCUUACAAGAAUCUUCACCAUCAUCAUCAUUUACAAGGAGGCGGAUUAGGACAAAUCAGCCAUAUUCAUCAAGGACAUAUUGGAUUCGGUUCAUCAUCUUCUUCUUCUUUAGGUGUUGUUAAUGUUUUAAGAAAUUCAAAGUAUGUUAAAGCAGCUCAAGAAUUACUUGAAGAAUUUUGUAGUGUUGGAAGGGGUCAAUUCAAGAAGAAUAAAUUUAGCAGACAGUUAUCAAACCCUAAUUCAAAUCAAGGUGGUGGUAGUAUUAAUGGUGGUGCUUCUUCAUCAUCCUCAAAAGAUGUUUCACCUUUAUCACCUGCUGAUAGGAUUGAGCAUCAGAGAAGAAAGGUCAAACUUCUAACCAUGCUUGACGAGGUGGAUAGAAGAUACAGUCACUACUGUGAACAAAUGCAAAUGGUGGUGAACUCAUUUGAUUUAGUGAUGGGAUUUGGUGCUGCAGUUCCAUACACUGCGCUAGCUCAGAAGGCAAUGUCGAGGCAUUUUAGGUGCUUAAAAGAUGCAAUAACAGCACAGUUGAAGCAUAGCUGUGAGUUAUUGGGAGAGAAAGAUGGUGUGGGGUCAUCUGGUUUGACAAAAGGAGAGACGCCGAGGCUUAAGCUGCUUGAACAAAGCUUGAGACAGCAAAGAGCGUUUCAUCAGAUGGGGAUGAUGGAACAGGAAGCUUGGAGACCACAGAGAGGAUUGCCUGAACGAUCUGUCAACAUUUUGAGAGCCUGGCUUUUUGAACAUUUUCUUCAUCCGUACCCAAGUGAUGCAGAUAAGCAUCUCUUAGCAAGACAGACUGGCCUUUCCAGAAAUCAGGUAUCAAACUGGUUCAUUAAUGCAAGGGUUCGAUUGUGGAAACCCAUGGUAGAAGAUAUGUACCAACAAGAACUUAAAGAAGCAGAAGGAUCCUCAGAAGGUGAAGAAGAUAGAGAAAACAAGAAUCAAAGCAGUACUAGCAACACCAACACCAACAACAACAACACUAGUGGUCACAUAUCUACUACAACAACAAUUGCACAAACUCCAACAGCAUCUCCAACAACAACAACACCACAACCUACAAGCAACAACAAUAAUAAGAGAUCCAAUAUUAUGAAUGCCAAUAUUGAAAACGACCCAUCACUUACACCAAUAAUAAAUAGACAAGGCUUCUCGGAAAACCAAGCAAUAUUGUUACAACAACAAUCAACCACCAAAACCACCGUCUCUCAAGUCGCGCCACCUAUCUCCGAUUCUAUGCCCAUUGAUGACACGUGUCGACAUGGCAGCUUUGUUACAGCCGAAUAUGGGACCACACCUGCUUCUUCUUCUGACAAUAUUAUCAGAUUUGGGACCACUACUUCUGGUGACGUGUCUCUCACUUUAGGGCUACGUCACGCCGGAAAUUUGCCCGACAAAACUACUUUCUCUCUUACAGACUUUGGAGGCAUUUAAUUUUCAUUUCAACUUCUCUUCUCUAUAUUAUUAUAAUUAUUAUUAUUAUUACUACAUAAUAAUACAUAUUAUUUAUGAUUAUGAUAUACUAUCAAAAGAAAAUGGUUUUUUUUUUUGGUUCUCUAUGAUGGAUGUUCCUUCUUCUUUAAUUUGCAUUUUAUGGAAGGGAAUAGGGUUUGAGAAACCGUAGCCUUAUGUGUCAUCAAUGAUCAUCAGCUUGUUGGCUAGCUAGAUAGCUAGGUGGUUCUGUGGUGAUCUGCAUAACUGUAUAGUAGGUUGUUUUUUUGGUUGUUUUUUUUUUGCCUCAUAUAUAUUUGUACUUAAUUAAUGAAGGGUUUGUAACUUGAUUAAUUAGAUAGCACUUGAUCUAAUUAAUAAUAGUUGCUUGUAUGUUUUGUAGA